CCCAGAAUUAUUUAUAAUAUGAACCGUUUAAAGUUUUAUAGAUCACGCGAACAGAUUCGGGUUGCCGGGAUUCAGCAAAUAAAUUCGCACGCAAACCGAUUCUGGUUGCCGGGAUUCAACAAAUAAAUUCGCACGCAGAGUCAGAACGAUCCACUGAACAAGAACUAUAUCACUAGGAGACUUAGAGAGCGCGUACCGAGUCGGCUCAGCCCAGCACAGCGGAUAUGGCAAAGCAAGAACCAAACUCCGUCGUCUCUGAUCUCAUCAGCUUCCUAAACGCCGCCCCCACCGCCUUCCACGCCGUCGACGAGGCGAAGAAGCUGCUGCGAAGCGCGGGGUACGAGCAAGUUUUGGAGAGGGAGGAUUGGAAAUUGGAAGCUGGUAAAAAGUAUUUCUUCACCAGGAAUUACUCCACCAUUGUUGCUUUCGCAAUCGGAAAAAAGUAUGUUGCUGGAAACGGAUUUCAUAUAGUUGGUGCUCAUACUGAUAGUCCUUGUCUCAAAUUGAAACCGGUUUCCAAGGUUGCUAAAGGCGGGUUCUUGGAAGUGGGUGUCCAAACUUAUGGUAGUGGCUUGUGGCAUACAUGGUUCGACCGUGACUUGACGAUUGCAGGCAGGGUGAUAGUGACAGAAGAAAAGGAUGGCUCUGUUUCGUAUUCACAUAAACUUGUUAGAAUUGAGGAGCCCAUAAUGCGGGUCCCUACUCUGGCAAUUCACUUAGACAGGGAUGUUAAAGAUGCAUUCAAGGUGAAUGCACAGACGCAUCUUCUUCCCGUCUUGGCAACGGCAGUCAAGGCCGAGCUCAAUAAAGUGGUUGCUGAAGAUGGUGGGGCUAAUAGUGAUGCUCAGAAUGAUGGGAAGAAAUCCAAUGAGAAAACAACCUCAAUUGCAUCGAAGCAUCACUCACUUCUACUACAGCUACUUGCAGAUCAGCUUGGAUGUGAACCGGAACAUAUAUCUGAUUUUGAAUUGCAAGCAUGUGAUACUCAACCAAGCAUAAUAGCUGGUGCCGCAAAAGAAUUUAUUUUCUCAGGAAGGCUUGAUAAUCUUUGCAUGUCAUUUUGUUCUCUUAAGGCAUUGAUAGAUGCAACAUCUUCUGAUAGCAACCUUGAAGAUGAGUCUGGUGUUAGAAUGGUGGCUUUGUUUGAUCAUGAGGAGGUCGGAUCUGAUUCUGCCCAGGGCGCUGGGUCUCCAGCCAUGUUGAAUACUCUUUCACGAAUUACAAGUUCCUUCACAACAGAUUCUAAGCUGCUCGAGAAAGCUAUUCAGAGGAGCUUUCUUGUAUCUGCUGACAUGGCACAUGCCUUACAUCCUAAUUAUAUGGACAAACACGAAGAGAAUCACCAACCCAAGUUUCAUGGGGGCCUUGUGAUCAAACACAAUGCAAAUCAACGCUACGCAACCAAUGCCGUCACUGCAUUAAUAUUCAGGGAGAUAGCAAGGAAUCACAGCCUUCCUGUCCAGGACUUUGUAGUUCGUAAUGACAUGGCAUGCGGUUCGACCAUCGGUCCCAUUCUGGCAAGUGGAGUGGGAAUACGAACAGUUGAUGUAGGUGCACCACAGCUGUCGAUGCACAGCAUACGAGAAAUGUGUGCUGUUGAUGAUGUGAAGCAUUCAUACGAGCAUUUCAAAGCCUUCUUCCAGGAGUUCACUCAUCUGGAUGCAAAGAUUAAAGUGGACGCGUAGGUCUAUGGUCCUCCAGUCUUCGUCGUCCUUUGGAAGUUCAUACGAGGAGUUUGCUAGUUGCUCGUGGCGUGUUUGACCAUCAGUGUGUAAAGAUGGUUAGCAAUGUAUCAUGCAGUGCUGGACUUAUUGGCAUUAGGCCAAAGUCACGAAUUUUACCAUCACCAGGGACGCAAUACCGGCCGUAUUGCAAGUUUAACCAAUAACAUGAUGUUAUGCUAUGCUAUGUGUUUUAACUUUCUCACUUUACCGCCACUGUUGUGUACCUGUACGCAAUGUGAGAAACCCUCUCCUCCCGCUA